AUGAAAAGUGUUCCAGCAUUAACAACUAUCACUUGGGCGCUGUGUUUGUAUUUUGAUGGCAAUUCCAGGUCCCUGUAUGCUGGCGAUAAAUUUGAAUACAUUAUCACAGCUCCCAUGGUCAUUGGCUUGGUGAUCAACCUUAUUAUAGUUGUAAACUUAAUAAGGAUCAUUUUAACGAAACUAUCAUCAAACAACAGUACAGAGGCUAAAAAAAUAUGGCAGGUGUCCAAGUCAAUGAUGAUUCUGAUGUUUUUGCUUGGCCCAAUACAUCUUGUGUUUGCUUAUCCGAUGAGUAGCGAUAAGAACGCCGUCGUAUCAAUUAUUUACAGGGUUUAUAACAUUAUAGCUCCACAUGUACAGGCUGUUGUCUGUGCCAUAUACACCGUUACAACUGGAAAGGUAAUUAACCUAGUGACUAGUGAAUUUUUUAGAGUAAACUCCCUUGUUGAAUUAGUGUGA